AUGGACAAGAACUCUGAUCGCACAAAGGACCCAGAAAUUGUCGCCAUUGCCACAUCGGUGUCUUCCCGACAACAUGGUACAAAAGUGAGCCUUCGCAAACGGAUCCAGAAUGUGGUAUGGGAUACAUUCGAUUAUUCCCCAGAAGAGCGCAAAUUGGUUUCAAAAAUUGACUUCUUUAUUUUGACCUGGGCGAGCCUUGCAUACUUUUCGAAAAAUCUGAACUCCAAUAAUCUUUCCAAUGCUUAUGUUUCGGGUAUGAAAGAGGAGCUCGUGGUUGUCGGCAAUGAAUACCAAACAUUGACCACAAUGUGGACAAUCGGAUAUGUUAUCAGCCAGAUCCCUUCGCAAAUGAUUUGCACACGAGUUCGGUUGUCUCUCUGGUGUCCAUCAUGGGAACUCCUUUGGGUCUUAGUAACAUUUGCUACUGCGGCCGUUAAAACCCCUCAUCAACUCUAUGUCUGUCGAUUUUUCGUUGGCCUCGCCGAAGGAACGUUCUAUCCUGCGGUGCAUACAGUAUUAGGCGGGUGGUAUACAAAGCGGGAACUGGCCAAACGAGCAUGCAUAUUCUUUGGCUCUGCAUUUAUUGGGUCUAUGUUCAGUGGUUAUCUGCAAGCAGCCCUCUAUACUGGUAUGAACGGCCGGGCAGGUCUAUCGGGAUGGCGUUGGCUAUUCAUUUUCGACGGUGUUAUCACCUUUCCAAUGGCGUUGUGGGGCUAUAUCGCUUUGCCCGAUCUCCCAAGUACUACUCGUGUAUUUUGGCUCACCCAGGAAGAAAAGGCGUUAGCAUUGCAGCGCAUUGUGAACAGUGGGGUAAAGCUAGAUGAGCCUGUCACAGCAAAAUGCAUCAAGCGAGUACUUUCGGGCUGGCAUUUCUGGGUCUACACUGCAUACUACACCGAAAACAUUGGUUCUUACAUGAACCUAUGGCUCAAGAGCCUCAAUCGCUAUACUACUCCUCAGAUCAACACCUAUCCGACAGUCACCAAUGCAGUUACCAUCGUGACGACUCUCAUAUAUGGCUGGACCAGCGAUGCACUUCAACUAAGAAGCCCGAUCAUCUAUUUUUCGUUGACAGUCUGUCUGUUCGCGGCUGUCAACUUAGCAGUCUGGAACGGGAUACCGUUCGGAUUAAAAUGGGCAUCCUAUUAUUUGACAGGGUUCGCGCAAGGCUCUGGCCCUGUUUUCAUGACGAUGGUCAACGAAGUCUGCGCCGAGGACAGUCUGGAACGCAAGCUCAUUCUCGGAUCGACAAAUUCGAUUGCGUAG